AUGAGCCGAACGCCGUUUUUCUCUCUGGGUCGUUGGUCACUGCCCCGGGCUGAGCGUGCGAGUAUUGGACCUUCGCAACCACGUCAGGGUUUAGCUCUAAUUGAGACACCAAUUGACGAGAAAGAUGGCGUUCCUCCACACCUCUACCGCCGUUCGGAUGCAACUCCAAUUGAAUUGUUCUUCGAUCUUUUCUUCGUUGCGAACCUAUCUACCUUCACAGCUACACAUGAGAUUAACAAUGUAGAAGCUCUGGGAGCCUACAUUGGCUUCCUCGGCGUGAUCUGGUUUACUUGGCUCCAAGUAAUGAUGUUCGAUAUACGUUUUGCCCGAGACUCGCUAUUCGAACGCAUCUGCAAAGCCAUGCAACUGGGGAUCAUGGUUGGACUUGCUUCUGCAGGGACGAGGAUUACCACGCGUGUCCGCCCCGAGAACGUUUGGGCCUUUCAAUCACUGAGUCUUAUGCUUGGUGGAAGCAGACUCCUUCUGUCGAUACAGUAUAUUGUCAGUAUCAUCUUUAUCCGCAAGCGCAUGAGUAGUGCCGCCAAAGGACUAUGCAUCAUCGCCACAACAUUGCUCGUUUCGAGUUUGGUACAUUUCGGAAUGUAUUUUGCCUUCGGCGAAGACUCGGCGCAUUCCUAUAUUUGGACUGUUUGGUUUGUGCUAUUUUGGAUCGAGAUGUGGGCAGUGAUCGCGACCUCUUGCAUUGCCCCAGGUAUUGGAUUUCAAGAAACUCCCCUGAAUGUCCGCAUGGGUCUUCUUACUUUGAUUAUCAUUGGUGAAGGAGUCAUCUCCGUUACGAGACUUGUCAACAAAACUGUGCGGCCUGGCUGCUGGACCAAAUGGUCGUUUGUCCAUAUCUUAGGAGUCACCACUAACGUCUAUUUCAUCUGGCAAGAAUACUUCGACCUCACCCCGACACGCGCCAUGAGUACAUUUGCGCAGCAAAUCUGGGCCCAGCUGCACUUUCCGUUCCACGUGGCGCUCGUUCUUCUUCUGGAGGGGUCACAAAUCCUCGCCUUGACCCUGGAUAUCACCCUGAAGCUGCAGUACCUUACGGAAACGAUCCUGUUUGCAUGCGAAGAACCGCGACCGGAUCCCCGAUUGGCCAUCAAGCUGCUUUGCCAGACAAUAGACGAUAUGGAAAUCGAGUACAGCCGGGGAGCGACUGGUGAGCAGAGGGCAAUCUAUGACAUAUUGAAUGAUCUUCCAAAUCAUGACAUGUGUCCCGUCAACGGAACAAUUGGAUUCACACUCACCAGGAAUAUGUUCAAUGACUUGGUGGGAAAUGUGACAUCUGCUCUCUUCUCUACUAUGAGGAUUGUGCCACCACGUAGCGCACAUGUCAGCACUAUGAAUAGCUCGCAGCUACUGAGGAUGUAUGUUGAGCUCUUGAGUUUUGUCUAUGUGUACUUUUUCAUUGUCGCCUCAGUUGCGAUGUUACUUUUCGCUGCCUUCGGGCUUCUAGCUCGACGCCACGACAAACCGCUGGCGAUGGCAAUCGGGGUGGCGGUUCGGAUCAUCUCUGGCGUCUUCCUUGCAAGCCUUACCGUCUUCGCGAAGCAUUUUGAGCUUGCGUAUUCGUUCAUGAAGUCUCCGACCAUACUAUACGCAUUUACGUUUGUUUUAUUGGGAGUGCUUUUGGUUGACCGACUUCUGGACCAUUUCGCUGGACAGCCAAGCAGCAAGAAUCCGGCACGACGCAGGAAAGCGAGGUAG